AUGGAUACGCUUUUCAUGAAGGCAGUGAGCAUUAAGAUGCCUGACUCCCUCGCAAAUUUCAUACAAACCGAUCCGUGGGCCGGUAGACACGCUCGUGCUACUUCUGUCAAACAAUCACCACCCACUAUCAAGCAAGUUCCAGCGCCAGCGCCCGUAGUAGCGAAGAUGGAGCAACACAAUGAGACACAACUAAACAGAAACCUCUCUGAGGAGACCAAAGACACGAAUAGCUCGGGAGGAACGAAUCGAAGCAGCGGCGAGAGCGCCGGUGGUACUCGCAGCAAGGGCAAGCCAAAGGGAGAGUUAUCAUCCACGGUAGAUACUCUCCUGAAUAAGGCACUGGGUUUCGGAGCUGCGAGUGAGGCUGAGAAGAAGAAGAGCGGUGCUGCUUGA